GUCAGGGUGACAGGAGCCAGGAGGCACCAUGGCUAGCAGCACGUACGGGAAGCUGUGGCAAGAGUCGCGGCUGACCCUUCAGGAGCUGCUGGCCCAGGAGCUGCCCAAGGAGCCGGCCAAGCCCGAGCGGAACCGCGCCGUCUUCUACCAUCGGGUGGCCACCCUCUUCGUGCGCUACCUGCAGACGGCGCGCCGCCUGGAGGCGUGUUAUGGCCAGGGGGUCCACCCGCAAAAGCGCCAGGUGCUGCGGAAGCUGUUGGACGCUGUGCUGGGCCGCAUCCUGGAGCUGAAGCAGGAGCUGGUGGAGCUGGACGUCUCCGAGUACCACUACAUGGACCACGUGCUGGAGGAACUCAAGCUCACGCCGGCGGAUCUGGAGGUGCCCAUCCCGAAAUACUUCCUGAGCGAGCGGGCCAGGGUGCUACAGGAGCGGCAAGAGGUGCUGGCGGGGCUCUUGACCCGCGUCGGACCCAGCAAGGCCGCCUUUCCGCCGCGGGCCCUCAUGCCGCGAGAGGAGGCCGUGCGGCUGAUCCAGAUGGCCGAAAGGAUGCGGCAGGGCCGCCUGCGGGCCCGCUUCAUGUGGGAGAUCCGGAGGGACGAGGAGCGCGAACGGCGGGUGCGCGAGAGCGGCAUGUCCGAGCCCAAUCGAGAGCUGGCGGCCACCUGCAUCCAGAAGAUCUGGAAGGGGUGCAUCUUGCGGAGACUCACCAAGGUCGCCCGGCAGAUGGAGAUGACCUUCAUUGGCAUGGAAAUGGAGCCGCAGUUGAUGGGACCCUCUCCGGCCAUGAUCCGGGCGCAACUCGGGGAAGAGCUGCGGCGCAUGCGCCAGUCCGACUACGAGGUCGAGUACCGGGACGCCCUGGACCACGUCCGCGACACCCUGUACGAGGUGGAAGGGCCGAGCAUGCGCGAGCAGCUGAAGGAGCAGCUGCGCCAGUGGUUCAUCGAGUGCCACGACCUGACCGGCCGCUUCCCCGACUACCCGGAGGAGGCGAUGGGGGGCUGCGCAGUCCUCUUUGCCCAGAAGACUCCGGAGGAGAUCAAGGCAGAGGCGAAGAAGAAGGAGAAGAAGAAGGAGAAGAUGGAGAAAGGCCAAAAGGAGGCCGGGAAGGAGAAGGACAAGAAGGGGAAGGACAAGAAAAUGGAGGAAGACGAAGGCCUGACGCUCUCGCCGUCCAAGUUCCUGGAGACCAUCCAGCAAGGUUUCCUGCACUACUCAGGCUGCUGGAGCGACCGGGACGAGGUCGUGAACUUUGAGCAGCGCUACCAGGUGGAGCUGAUCAAGGUCGAGAAACGGAAAGAGGUGGAGAUGGAGAUCCGCCUCCAGGUGGAUGAGCUGAUGCGUGAGGAACUCCAGAAGUUGCGUCUGGCCGUGGACCAGGAGGAGCAGCGGGCCACAAAGCCACAGAAGGCACGGAGCAGUGCCAAGAAAAAAGGAAAGAAAGGUAGAAAGGAGAAAGACCUGACCCCGGAAAGGACCAUAGAUUCCCUGUAUGAAGAGCUGGUGCUUCAGGGCAUCGUUAAAAAGCCCCAGAAGGUGCAACUAGCAGAGUAUUCAGGUGACUUCUGCUAUUUGGGCACUACCCUGCGCCAGCAGGAGAUUGAGCCGACACCCUCGACGGUGGAUGUACGGCAGAACAUGGCCUUGUAUGCUAUUCUGCGCCUGGGCUGCCAAACUGUGCAUGAGUUGGCCCCCCUGGUGAAGUCCCUCCUCUUGGCCGGUCCUGCGGGCACAGGGAAGAAGAUGCUGGUCCAAGCCGUCUGCACGGAGACAGGGGCCAACCUUUUUGACCUCUCUCCAGAAAACCUGGUGGGCAAGUACCCAGGCAAGAGUGGCCUCCAGAUGCUGGUCCACCUUGUGCUCAAGGUGGCCCGCCUCUUGAAGCCCUCGGUCAUCUGGGUAGGCAAUGCAGAGAAGACCUUUUAUAAGAAGGUUCCUAAAGAAGAGAAGGAGUUUGACCCCAGGCGCCUGAAGAGGGAGCUGCCAAAGGCCCUCCACCUUUUGAAGGCUGGCGACCGUGUGCUCCUGCUGGGCACCUCCAACAAGCCCUACCUGGCCGACGUGAAGGGCCUUUGCAAGACGUACGAGCGUGUCCUGCUCAUCCCUCGCCCAGACUACGCCUCGCGCUUUGUGGUGUGGCAGCAGCUGAUCCAGAAGCACGGUGGCGUGGUGACCUCCAGCCUGGACCUGAGCGCUUUGGCCAAAGUGUCGGAUGGCUACAGCCAGGGCAGCCUGGCGCGAGCAGUGCAGGCCGUGCUGACCGAGCGGCGCCUCCUGCAGCUGCCCAAGCGCCCACUCAAUGCAGGGGAGCUGCUGCAGAUGCUGGCCAGGACGGACCCCAUCUACCCUGAGGAAGAAGAGAUGAUCCAGGAGUGGUACUGUAAGACCCCACUGGGCAAAAGGAAGCUGAAGGAAAAAGAGGAGAAGAUCAAGGCAGCUGAGGCCAAGGACAAGAAGAAGGAGAAGAAGAAGAAAUAGGGACUGAGAGAGGGAGGGGCCAGACGGUGGCCAAGGUCUUGUGGGGUGCAAAGCAACAUAAAUGGGCUUGUGUGCGUGUGCACAAACCAGGGUUUGCCUCUGGGGAGGCUGAUUCAAGGCACUCUAGUCUUUGGUCAUCAUGUGAGCAUGUGGCAGAGCCACCUAUGAACAGUUUCUGCCCCAUUGGUAUCAGGUCAGGGUGGAAACUUUGCCAAAUCAGGAAGACACUGGGGGGCGGGGGAUCCCAGAGGAGAGGAACUGCUCUCUCCAGGAUGCUUUCUGAGUCAGAGGAGUUCUGUGGUCACUGGGCCAGUCUUGUGGCAAGAAAGGGCUUUGCAGCCCACUCCCCAGGCUCUCUGGGCAUCUUAGGGGCAGGAACUAGCUGUCCCCCAUAGAGAGGGCAGACAUGGAGAUUUCUCCUGGCUCCACAGCAGAAGAUCAGCCAUGGGCUUGCUCUGCUGAGGUCUGGAUCACCACUUUCACCAAAACGUUCCUGAUUUUUGCCAUGGGACAGAGCAUCCUGAUUUGAGAAGCAGGUCCUUGGGGAGGGGGCCCAGUCUUCUUCUUGGAAGGGCGGGCUGGCCAGUUUCAUGAAUGAUUGGUUGGGAACAGGUGCAAGGAUUCCUGAUGUCCAGAUGCAUCUUGGACUUUCACACUGCCCAAGGACCUGCCUGAGGUGCCUUGGGAGCUGUUGGGAAAAUUGCUAGUGGAAACCAGCUCUGUCUUGUCCCCUGGAGCAUCUCAGACAUUGCAAGUGGCCCCCUUCCCUGAAGGCUGGAGCACUUGCAGUGCACCAGCCAUGCCCAUCUCUGCAUUGUCCUGGGGUUUUAGAAUCCCAGCGCAGCAGGGAGUCAUU